CAAGACGACGUUCAUUACAAGACGAGCUGACUUGGCAUGCAGAAUCACUAAACGUGGAGGAAAAGGUGUCACCACACAACAUGCUCCUCUUGAUCUUUGUCGCCGCUGUUUCCUCCGUAGCUGAUUUGAGUGACUGGAGAGUUUCUUAUGAGACAAAGAAGAUCUGCACAAAGGAAAGAUCAACUUUGACAAUAAAGUGUUCAUACAGCCACCCAGAAGGUGUUACCAUUGAAAAAGAAAUGUGGUUUUAUGGUCCUGAUGAGAACAAGUCAAGUCGUGAUGGAGAAACAACCGUGUAUCAUACAGACGCAAAGGAAGUGUCCACCAGUCACAAAGACAGAGUGAAGUUCUCUGGGGACAAAAACAAAAAGACUUGCUCUGUAGCAAUCAGCAAUGUAAGUAAACAGGACAGCGGCUACUACAAGUUUAGACUGGAGGGAGCUGGUGAACAAGGCCACGCGACUGGAGUGCCAGGCGUCAACGUGACAGUCACAGAUGUGAGUGAAUGGCAAGCCAAAUAUGACCCAAACACGAUCUGUGCAGUCGAACGAUCAACUGUGAGGAUGAACUGUACAUUAUGGCUUCCAGAAUGCAUGACGAUUGAAAAAGAAAUGUGGACUUAUGGUCCAGACAAAAACAAGAUAGAAAAUGAUGGGGAAACCCUUGUAUAUCAUACAGAUAAGAGUCAUGUGUCCAGCACACACAGAAACCGAGUUCAGUUCUUGGGGAAUAGAAACAAGAAAACUUGCUCUGUAGAGAUCAGCGAUGUGCAAAGAGAGGAGAGCGGCUACUACAAGUAUAAAUUUGAAAGAGAAAGUUUAUGGGCAGUAGUGUCGGGAGUCAAUGUGACCAUCACAGGUCUAAAUGUUGAAGCAACAGCGGAAACGGUAAAAGAAAAUGACACGGUAACCCUGAGGUGUAGAAUGAACUGCAGUCUCACCAUCGCCUGGUUCAGAAAUGGACGACAUUUAGAUGAAGCCACUGAGGAACUUAAAAUUCAGAGGGCCUCCCAUGAGGAUCACGGCAGUUACUCCUGUCGCGUCGGACACAUUGCUUCCCCAGAAGUUCAACUGAAUGUGGAGUAUGCCCCCAAAAAUGUGGUCAUCACAGGACAGCCCUCUUCUUAUAUAGAAGUAGGGACAUCGGUGACUUUAAACUGCACAGCCUUGGCAAACCCAUCCAGCAACUAUACUUGGGUCAAGGAGAACAUCAGUCAAGUCGGAUCAGGAGAACAACUGCACAUCAAUGAGUUUAACAGGAGUCACACCGGAUCUUAUCACUGUGAAGCCAUCAACAUCUAUGGGAUGUCAAAGUCUGCAGCUGUCAACCUGAUGAUAAACGAGAUCAUGCUCAUGAAUUAUGUCUUAUAUGGCUCACUGAGUGUUGUUAUUCUAUCAGCAUGUGCUUUGCAAGUUUUCAUCUUCCUACGGAAAAGAGCCCAGAAGACAAAUCAGCAAAAUGGAGUCGGAAAAAUGACUGAAGGUGUGAACAGCUUUGAAGAUCAAACUUAUGCAUCUCUGGACCUGACAGCAGUCUCAUCAGAUUAUGACACAAUCAUACCAAAGAAACGAUCAAAUACUGUCUUAUAAAUAACUUUAGUUUUAAGAAGGUAGAAAUAUAAUAAAACAUCAAUUAAGGAAAAGAUAACAUCCUAUUCUCAGAUUCAGUGUUCAAGGAUCCAGGGUUUCAGGAGACAAUCCCAGUAUCCCCAGGCACAACCAGGAGCCAACCCUGGAUGGUGUGUUGGCCCAUCACAGGUCUCACUCACUCACUCACUCACUCAGACUCACAAGAGGCCAUCUUAGAGUGACCAGAACAUGUUUGAGAUGGAGAAUCAAAACUCGAGUACUGAGAGCAAAUCAAAAACAGUAACAGGAGAAUGUGCAAACUCCACAGAGACAACACUCAAGCAUGGGUUUCAAAGCUUGGAAGAUAAAUCUGCUGAACAACAGUGCUAAACGCAGUGUCAUCAGGUAAAUUAAACCAAAUUCUGAUUUGAAAGUCCUAGCAUUUUCUGACUGUGUGAUAUAUUGUGACAUCUCUACUCAUAUUUGCGUGUAACUGAAAGAUCCUAAAGCUGUAAAUUGAAGCUCAGCUCCAUUUCUGUUCAUCGCAUAUUUAACACACACUGGAGUCGAUGGACAAACAGAGCAGCUGUGCUGUUUGUGUCUCUUCAUUUGCUCUUUUUCAUGAACAGGCACUCUAAUAGGACACAAACCACCACAAAAAGUCUGUCCUUUCAGUCUGACUCUUCAAUAACCACAUCAGAUGCACCAUCGAUGGACACAAACAUCUCGACACAUUUCAGUGUGUUUCUGAGGGCACCUCUCCUGUGUCACUAAGGCACUCUGUACUACUUCUUUACAGCGUAUUAACGAUGGAGAUGAUGCGAUAAAAUGACAUUAACUUUUUAACUGUAGCAUUACACAUAAGGAGUUCCUGUUUAAUGAUGAAAUGUUUGCCAAAGACUUUUAAUCUAUCUAA